CAAUGGCUCUGGUGAAGGUUCUGCUGCUGCUUGGGCUGGGUGUUUCAGUGAACUCAGAUGUUUCUCUGCAGAAGAGAAUCAUUGGAGGUCAUGACUGUGAUGUCAAAGAGCGUCUUUAUCAUGUUCGGAUUAUGGGCAGCGACGGUAAAACAAGGACCCGCUGUGGAGGAUCUCUGAUCCACCCUGAGUGGAUCCUGACUGCAGCUCACUGCUGGAAGUGGGAGCGAGGAUGGUCUAUGACAGCAGAGUUAAAGGUUCAUCCAUGGAAUCCUCAAAGGAAUCGUUGGCAGGACGAUCAGAUAAUCCUAGACAAUCCUGUGGUUUAUAUUGACAACAACGGCCGACAGCAUGACAUCAUGUUGCUGAAGCUUCGGAGACCAGUGAAAGACAUUGUUCCUAUCCCACAGCCAGACUGUAAUAAUCGUCCUAAAAAAGGUAGUAAAGUUCAGCUGGCAGGGUAUGCAACAACAGAUGUUGGCCUCAAUAAUAAGCGAGUACGUAAUAAUAAUCCUUCACCGCAUCUUCAGUGUGUCGACAUGAAAGUUGUUGAUGAUAAUCCACAAGAUUUCGAACAUAUCUUUUUAGUUAAAGAAACUGACAAGGAUAUUUGUCCUGGCGACUCUGGUGGAGGAGUGGUGUUCAACAAUAAGAUUUAUGGUGUGAUUUCUUUUGGUGGAAACAAACAAUAUGCAUGUCUGAGUGAUGCUGGCAUCAUGGAUGUCUGUGGCUACAUCAGCUGGAUAAAACAAACAACCGGGCUUCCAUAAAAAAAUAACUGCCAUGUAAUUAUAUAUCAUCAUUUUCAGAUGUAAUUUUAUAAUUGUAUCUUCAGCAGUUUGUCCAAAUGUUUAUAGAAUUAGGACCAAUUCUUUUUUUUCCCUCACCUGACCUUGACCUCCCUGUGAGGACCAAUAAUGGAGCUUUCUCUGCCCCAGAAAUGGAAAAUAAAUCAGUAAAUGAA